AGGUAGUCCUUUAUUCCAAUAUAUACAGAGAGCAGUUACCAAAGUUCAAAAACACUUCCAAGUAACUUUAAAGAGUUACAGAAAAAAUGGCUAUGGUGGGAGAAAUGUGGUCUCAUUUAGGCUCUACAAUGGGAACAUUGAUGCUUGUUUAUACCGUUUUUAAACAGUUCUUCCCUCACCAUCUUCAAGGCUCUUUCGAAAAGUAUUUCAAUAGAAUUGUGAGAUAUGCAUAUCCUUAUGUCGAAAUUACUUUUGAUGAGUUCACUGGUGAACGCAUGAAGCGCAGCGAAGCCUAUUUCAGAAUCAAAAGUUACCUCAGCGACAAGUCAACGGCAUCGGCCAAGCGUCUCAAGGCCGAUGUUGUGAAAGAUAGCCAAUCCGCAGUCCUUAGCAUGGAUUAUAAUGAAGAAAUUACUGAAGAAUUUCAAGGGGUUAAAAUUUGGUGGUCUGCAAAGAGAACUCUUUCAAAAACACCACGGAUUGCAAUCUACCCUGCUGACGAUGAAAAGAAAUCUUACAAGCUUACAGUUCAUAAACGCCAUAGAGAAUUGAUCACUCAAUCUUAUAUUAGCCAUGUUAUGAAGGCAGGCAAGGAAAUCGAAACGAGAAACCGGCAACGGAAGCUUUAUUCGAAUAAUCCGAGCCAGGACUGGGACGGAUACCGAAGCAACAAGUGGAGCAACGUCCUGUUCGAACAUCCUGCGACGUUUGAUACAUUGGCUAUGGAUGCGAAAUUGAAAGAGGAAAUCAAGAACGAUUUGAUCAAGUUCAGCAAAGGGAAAGAUUACUAUGCCAGAAUUGGGAAAGCUUGGAAACGUGGAUAUCUCCUUUAUGGUCCUCCGGGGACUGGGAAAUCAUCGAUGAUUGCGGCAAUGGCAAACCUACUGAACUACGAUGUUUAUGAUCUCGAACUCACUGCAGUGAAGGAAAACACGGAGUUGAGAAGGCUUUUGCUUGAUACGUCAAGCAAAUCGAUUAUCGUCAUCGAGGAUAUUGAUUGCUCUAUCGAUCUCACAGGCCAAAGGGAGAAGAAGACGGAGAAAGAUGGAAACGAAGACGAGCCCUCGGAUCCGGUCACCAAAAGGGUGAAAGAUAAAAAGAAAAAGAAUAGUAAGGUUACAUUAUCGGGACUUUUGAAUUGUAUAGAUGGACUUUGGUCGUCUUGUGGGGGUGAAAGAAUCAUUGUUUUUACAACAAACUAUGUUGAGAAGCUUGAUCCGGCAUUGAUAAGGAGGGGAAGAAUGGAUAAACACAUUGAACUGUCUUAUUGUUGCUUUGAUGCAUUCAAGGUAUUUGCGAAGAAUUAUUUGGAGGUUGAUUCUCAUUCAUUGUUCGGAGAAAUCGAAUCAUUGUUGGGGGAAACAAAUAUGACACCAGCUGAUGUUGCGGAGAAUUUGAUGCCGAAAUCAGAUUAUGACGAUGUGGAAACUUGUUUGAAGAGAUUGGUGGAAGCUCUUAAAGAUACUAAGGAGGAAGCAAAGAAGAAGGUUGAGGAUGAAGCUCGUUUAAUGGCGGAGAAAGAAGAAGAAGAAAAACAGAGGAAAAAACCUGAGAAAGAAGAAAAGGAACAAAGCGGUAAAGAUGUGAAAGAAGUCAAAGAGAAUGGUGUGGCAAAGGUGGGUGAAGAAGUGAAAGAAAUUGGGGUCACCCAUUAAUAUAUGAAUUGAUCAUUGUAAUACAUUGGUCAAGUCCAAAAGAAAAAUUUAGUAUAAAUUUAAAUUUAUAUUUAAAAUAUGAGUAAAAAUUUUUGCAAAAUAUAAAAUCUUUUUAAAAAUUUUUGCAAAAUAUAAAAUCUUUUUAAAGUAAAUAAAAAAAUUCCCUUUAAAGAAACGUGGAAUGAUGAAAACUGCAUGUUUUUUUGUGAUAAGGAGUUGGGCAUUCGUCGAUUUCCUAGACAUAUUUCAACUUGGAUGAUGUGUAUGCCGGUAUUGUAACGUGUGGUGGUCUUUGUCUUGGUCUCAACACUGUGAUUAGAGAGAUAGUAUGGGGCUUGUACCACACGUAUGUGUGAAGAAAGUUUCAGGAAUAGAUGUGGGUGACCAUUACGCCUCGACUUUGUUCCUUAUGGAGUUCUUUUUAAUAUAUUUCAUUUCUUGUACAGACUAUUAGAGGAAAAAGGUUUUCCUGAAUCAAUAAUAGUGUUUAGCUCUAAAUUUUGCUAAUAAGGAAAA